CCCUUCCCUUUUGUGGCGGUGCCCGGUCGGCGGGGCCACUCUCCCGGUCGCCGGUGCCCCGCGCUCCUCCGCUCCUCGCCGCCACCGUCGACAUGCUGCGCUGCGGCCUGGCCUGCGAGCGCUGCAGGUGGAUCCUGCCCCUGCUGCUGCUCAGCGCCAUCGCCUUCGACAUCAUCGCGCUGUCCGGCCGCGGGUGGCUGCAGUCCAGCACCCACCUCCAGACGUCCUCGCUCUGGUGGAGAUGCUUCGACGAGGGCGGUGGCAGCGGCUCCUACGACGAUGGCUGCCAGAGUCUCAUGGACUACGCAUGGGGGAGAGCGGCCGCUGCCAUGCUCUUCUGCGGCUUCAUCAUCCUGGUCAUCUGUUUCAUCCUCUCCUUCUUUGCCCUAUGCGGACCCCAGAUGCUUGUUUUCCUUCGAGUGAUUGGAGGCCUCCUGGCUCUGGCUGCUGUAUUCCAGAUCAUCUCCCUGGUAAUCUAUCCUGUGAAGUAUACACAGACCUUCAGCCUUCAUGCCAACCCUAGUGUCACUUACAUCUAUAACUGGGCCUAUGGCUUCGGGUGGGCGGCAACGAUCAUCCUGAUUGGCUGUGCUUUCUUCUUCUGCUGUCUCCCCAACUAUGAAGAUGACCUGCUAGGCAAUGCCAAGCCCAGGUACUUCUACACAUCUGCCUAAUGUGGAAGGGAGACACUGAGAAGCUCGGUUACAAGAUGGAUCCUGGCAAACUGUUCUCCAAGCCUCAAGGAAUUUAUGUUUCGGCAAUGUUCGUUUCACCAGAAAUGUUGAAAUAAAUGCUAAAGAAAAUACUUCAUAAAUAGUGUUAUAGUUUUCAUAUCCUGUGUAUGUUUUGUGCAGUUAAAUGAAACUUGUUUGUUUUCUAGUUAUUAUAUGCUAUUUCCUUAUACAAAAUCUAUAGCAUUUAUAAAAGAAUAUGAGCAUGAACCUUAAUAAGCUAGAAAUGAGAUGGCUUCUGAGCUUCAGUAAUCUGAUCAAGCCUGUGUUUUUUCCAGAUCAAGUGGAUUGUUUCUUCUAAGGGAUAAGGAGAAGGGACGCUAUUGGUAAAAGCUGCUAGUGGCCAAAUAUUCUGAAAUUAGUGCAAAACAACGACAACAAAAAAACUUUUUCAAAUUUUCAGCUACUUGAAGAAGCAAAAUGUUUCCUAAAUCAUUUGUGAGAAUUUCUAGUUAGUAAUCUUAACAAUUGCUGCUUUGCUAGGCUUUAUAUUGGCUUGCUAUAACAUGUAGGAAAGUAUUUUCACAUAGCCAAAGCAAGUUACAGUAUAAGGCCUCUGACCCUGGUGAAAUGCUAAGAUAAAUUUCCUCUUUUAACACAGUUUAGAGGGUCAGGGUGUGGGAAGAUGUUAUAUUAACAAAUCUGUGCAGUUUUGCGUCUCUAUGUUCAGGACCAGUGUAGACUGAAUGGGAAGAUGGGCUGGGUCUAAUUCAUCCCGACUGCUGGAUGUGAUGAUGUCAUGUAAUAAGGCAUUAGGGCUGUCACUGUCACAGAAGUGCCCUUUAAACAGCCCAAGAAGAAGAAAUGUCUUAAAUUCUUCACCUCAGUCUUAACUGGGCUCUAACGAUAGACAUAAUUCUGAUAGAUUUUUAAAGGUAUCAGAAACCUAAAUAUAAUAAUAAUUAAAAAAAAAACCUGGUCUUCCUUGGUAAGCAGACUUAAAAUGUCUGAUCUAAGACAUGCAACAGGAGAAUUCAGGGAUGUGUUUCCUUGAAUAUAUAUUGGAUGGGUUAUUAUUUUUUUACAAUAUAUGCUUACAUAAUGAAACAAGUUCAUUUUAUAUAUCAGAUUAUUGUUUUGUAAGUCACAGCAUAGGCAAUUGCAAUUUUCAUUAUGAACAUCCCCUAAUAAACCAGGUAUUCAAAUCUUG